GCCGCUUCCGCUUCCGGUGGGCUGAAGCAAAGCGGAACGUAAACACGGGCAGCAGGGAGCUGUCGCCAGAAUGGCUUCCUUUGGAUGGAAGAGGAAAAUUGGCGAAAAGGUCUCAAAAGUCACAUCCCAGCAGUUUGAAGCCGAAGCUGCUGAUGAGAAGGGCUUAGUGGAGAAUGAUGACGUUAAUUGGCUUCAUGCAAUUAAACGAAAGAAAGCAAUUCUCCUAGAAGACUGUACAGAGAAGAGUAAACGGUUAAAGGAUGAAGGUGCAAUUUUGGCUGAAAAUAAGAGGUACUGGGAGGCAAUUCACAAAUGGGAUGAAGCACUUCAGUUAACUCCAGAUGAUGCUACCUUGUAUGAGAUGAAAUCACAGGUUCUGAUGUCUCUUCAUGAAAUGUUCCCUGCGGUUCAUGCAGCAGAAAUGGCUGUUCAGAGAAAUCCACAUUCAUGGGAAGCUUGGCAAACUCUGGGACGUGCUCAGCUAGGGUUAGGGGAGAUUGUCUUGGCAAUUCGAAGUUUCCAGGUAGCCUUGCACAUCUAUCCAAUGAAUCCUGAAAUAUGGAAAGAAGACCUUUCCUGGGCAAGAACACUGCAAAAGGAGCAGAAGGAAGCACAGAGAGUUAAAAGAACUGAAACACCAGCUGAAGAAAUACAUUUUUCACCAAAAUCAAUUCCAGAUUAUGACUUUGAAAGUGAUGAGAUUGUUGCCGUUUGUGCAGCUAUUGCAGAAAAACAGAAGACGGUAUCAGCAAAUAAAACGAUGGUGAUCGUGUCAGCAUCAGGGACUGUAGAGACCAUAACCGAGAAGGAAGAAGGUGCCACAGUCCCAGAUGGUUCUGUUUUUAUCAAAGCUCGAUAAAGCAGUGCAUGUAACUUGAACCUAGCUUGUUGAGCAUCUCUUAAAAGUUUUAGCAGCAGAGAAAUCCAUCCUUAAGAAACAGGGUGAAACCAGUAUUUUUGAGAUGAGAAAUUUGAAAACUUAUGGUAGAAUCAUUGCAUAAUGUCUGGUCAGCAUUUUGAUGACUUGUGACUUAGAAUUUCAGCCUCAAGAAAUGUGAGUAAAAUGUUGAGUGAUUAGCACAUUUUGUUUAGUUUUUGUAUGUAAAAGCUGUAAAAGCACUCAUUUCACUAAUUUGUAACUUGAAAAGUGAAAGAAUGUUAAAAAUACUGCAGAUCCCUUUUAUUAUUUAUGGAUUGAUAUGAAGACCAUUGUUGUAAACUGGCUAUUCAAACUGAUAUUUGUUUUUUCAAAUUGGAAAAAGUGGCAGGCUUCCCUCCCCAUCAAAAUAUGUUAUUAUUUAGGUAAAAAGUAGGUUGAACCCAAGAAGAAUCAAAUAUUUAGGCAUUGUAACAAAUAAGGAGAGUUAAUAGUCAAAGUGAAAUUGUUAUUAGGAAUACAGAAUAUAGAAGUGUCACUGGGAACUUUGGAAACUUCAGCAAAAAAAUGUAUGCAUGCCAACA